UCGUCUCCAAAAACUCGAAAAUUGUCAUCGUCUUCUGCAUUUUCGCCUGCGACGAGUGACGAAGAAAGCUCUGAUGGCCCUGAAAAGAAAUCCAUUUCAAAUGCUGCUUUAUCGACAUCAGCGUUUGAGGUUGGAGGUUGGAGGUUGAGGUUGGAGGCCUUGAAAGCCGAAAUGAAUCAAAAGUCCUCUGACGACAUACAGUCCCUGAAAGACAAGGUGCGAUAUCUACAAGAGGAAAACGACAACCUUAAAUGCAAGCUGAAGUUCUGCGAAGAGUUCACCAACGUCAGGACAUGGAUUGACCAACUCAUCGCAAAACAAAAAGCGAAUAAGCAGCUGUCGUCGUCAUCCGAGUCGUCAUCUGACGUUAUUGCCACUGUCAGCAAAAUCGAUGAGCCCCCUCGCAACUGCAGUGAGGCGGCUAAGUUGGAAUCUAAAAUCGACUUGGAAAACCCAUUGUUUAUCGAGGCUCAAUUUCCAAUAACCGAAAAGGUUAUUGAUAGUAUCCCCUCCAAAAAUAAAAAAUCCGACAAACGCUUUGUCGCUGCUCUUUUACGUCUUAUGUAUCCGGAAGAAUAUCUUGCAACACACACUAUGGGUGCCAACCUCACUGGUAAACCAUCAAUGGAUGAAAAGGAACUAACACAAAUAAUUGACCAAACUCUUAUCUACUUUAACUACAUCAAACUUCCCAAAAAUGAAAAGGACGAAAAGAUUUCCGUUAUUAGAAAAGCCAUCACCACAACUCUGAAUAACAUCAAACAGAAGAAUAGAAAAAAAUAGGUGACAUUAAAACUUAAUUCGAGUUAUGUAUGUGCCCCUUAAAA